GUUUUCCUGUGCGCGGAUAUUUCGAAAUCGGCGGGUGUGACGUCACGCCCCUCGUUUGCAUACGGCCACUAUAUAAGGCGGUGCUGAGCUCCCCUCUCUCACAGUGCAGUCUUAUCUGGAGAAGGCCACAUCACCUGUUCUAUCUGCAGCCACCUGACCAAUCGUGAACAUGUCUGACAAGCCAAACCUGGAGGAAGUCACCAGCUUCGACAAGACCAAGCUGAAGAAGACAGAGACCCAGGAGAAAAACCCUUUGCCGUCAAAAGAGACCAUUGAACAGGAGAAGCAGGCGGGCUCAUCAUGAAGCCCCACCUCAAGACUCCACUAUGCACUGUACAUUCCACAUUGCCUUCUUUUUUUCACCUUUUAGCUGUUAACUUUGUAAUGGGGGGAAACGACAAAAAGCCAAUUCGACAAACCCAAGUUGCAUUCUGAUUGGACGAAACCAAAAAAAACGAACGAAUAAGUGACUGUACAGCCCCGUGACGCCCCGUACCUCCUUCCCUUUUUUCUUCUUUUUUUUUUUUUAAAUGUUGUGUUUUUAAAUAUUAGAGAACGCACCACCGCGAAAGCUGUCGGAUGUUUCGUGCGGCGGAAGAAGAGGAAGCAGCAGUGCAGAUAGCAUGGAAGCGAAAUUUCGCUUCAGCCUCAGACACACUGGGUGUUGAGAGGAGGGGGCGGGGCCAAGUUUGAGCGACAACUUCCAGGGACCUACACGUUCACUAUCUCGGGCUUGACCUGGGUUGACUUGUGUCAAAUGCUUUCGAGUCAUGCGGUGUUUGUUUCCUUUUUUUUUUUACGUUUUUUUUGUAUAAGUUCGAACCUUGGAAUGCACAAAUUUGUUUUGUAUGCAAAUAAAAAGAGAAAACUGUCA